AAUUGCAUUAUAAAAGAUUUCCUAUCUAGUUAAAAAAUCGUUUCAUAUCAUGAGAUUAUUUCUAAUAUUAUUCACUGCCGAACUGUCAUUCUGAGCAAGGGAGACAACUACAGUAACAUAAAAAAUGGACUCCAAAAAUGCCAUGAAAACAUGGGAACUGGGCAAUGAUAUGGAGACAAUAAGCAGUGUUGAUGAAAUAUAUCGUUAUGACAAGAAGCAGCAACAAGAUAUCCUCACUGCCAAACCAUGGGAGAAAGAUCCACAUUACUUCAAACACAUCAAAGUAUCAGCUUUGGCAUUGUUGAAAAUGGUAAUGCAUGCAAGAUCAGGAGGAAAUCUUGAAGUUAUGGGACUACUUCUGGGAAAGGUUGAUGGCAACACAAUGAUAUGUAUGGACUGCUUCGCCUUGCCAGUGGAGGGAACGGAAACAAGAGUAAAUGCACAAGCACAAGCGUAUGAAUACAUGGCCGCCUACACAGAUUCUGCCAAACAGGUGAGGAGACUGGAGAAUGCUAUUGGCUGGUACCACAGUCACCCUGGGUAUGGCUGCUGGCUGUCAGGUAUCGAUGUCAGCACACAGAUGCUUAAUCAACAGUUCCAGGAGCCGUUUGUGGCAAUUGUGAUAGACCCUGUGAGGACGAUAUCAGCUGGCAAGGUGAACAUUGGAGCCUUUAGAACAUACCCAAAGGGAUAUAAAGCUCCCGAUGAGGCCCAGUCAGAGUACCAGUCCAUCCCGCUCAGCAAGAUCGAAGACUUUGGUGUACAUUGUAAAAAUUACUAUUCCCUGGACAUGUCAUAUUUCAAGUCAUCUCUUGAUCGUAAACUCCUCGAGUCCCUGUGGAACAAAUACUGGGUAAACACUCUCAGCUCAGCCAGUCUCCUAACGAAUGCAGAGUACACGACUGGCCAGGUGUUUGACCUUGCGGACAAGCUUGAACAGUCUGAAGCCCAGUUAGGACGUGGAGGGUUUAUGCUGGGAAUGGAGACUAGUGAGAAAAAGUCUGAAGACAAACUGGCCAAGUCCACGAAAGAUGGGUGUAAAACGACAAUGGAGGCGAUUCACGGCCUUAUGUCACAAGUGAUCAAGGAUAGACUGUUUAAUCAAGUACACUUACCGCCUAAACAGGAACCUGCAAAAUGAUGAUUAAAGUGUCGGACUUUGUUAUUGACAAUUUAUCUAUUGUUAUGUACAUGUAUAUCAUAAAACUGUGAAAUAUAUAUAAAGGGUUCGAGAUUUCCA